CAGCAACACCAUCACCAUCGCGCCUGCCGGCGUCGCCAAGCGACUUCCGGCCGUCCCUGUCACCGACCUCCAGUCGACGUAUGACCUCGCGAACCAGCUGCGGAUACCGUCGUUGCCACGAUACUUCUCGAACCGGUGCGGUGACAUAACAACCGUCGGACGCCCAACAUGUUUUGGAGAUUCAGCGGCUACGCCAAUGUCUCCGCCAUCGACAGCAUCCUCGAGAGGGACAACUUCCAACUCGAGGAACUCCUCGACGAGGGCGAUCUGGUCCAGGAGCUCAAGCAGCACAAUGCGAAGCUAAUCGAGUACCUUCGGAACCCGGAGGUGCUCGACAAACUCCUUAAGUACGUAGUCGCGCCAAAGCUCGAGCCCGUCGCCUCCCCCGAGGACGAUGACGAUGAAGACGUGGACGAGAAAGGCAAGGGCAUUGCGCUGCCGUUUUCCAGGUCCAGGAGCUCCUCGAGAGCGGGCGACGCCCGUCGGGAAGACUUCGAAAAAAAGCGGAACCAAUAUGCCGCCGUUGCCACUGAGCUCCUGUCCUCGGACAACUGGUCGAUGUACGAGGCUCUGAUGGAGAGCAAGGACCUCAUCCGCGACUUCUGGCAGUUCCUCAAGCGCCCGGCCCCGCUCGAUCCUCUCCAGGCCAGCUACUUUACGAAAGUAAACGAGGCCUUGUUUGACAAAAAGACGGAGGAAAUGCUGGACUUGUUGAAGUCCAUGGAUGGUGCGGUCUCGGAUAUCCUGAAGCAUGUGGACUGUCCUAUGAUCAUGGACCUGCUGCUCAAGAUUAUCAGCCUGGAGCGCACCGACUGUGGGCAAGGCAUCGUUGAGUGGCUUUACACGCAAAAUGUCAUGCCGACCCUCAUUUCCUUCCUCGGGCCGGAGCACAAUUGGGCUACGCAAACAUCGGCGGCCGAUUUCAUCAAGGCCAUCAUCACGGUUUCCGCAAACGCGUCGCAAAACGAGCAGACGUGCAUCGGUCCGAACGAGCUCACACGCCAGCUCGUCUCGAGCCCCUGCGUCGAGCAGCUCAUCAAAUACAUGCUCGGCGGUGGCAACUCGUUGACUUGCGGCGUGGGUAUCGUGAUUGAGGUCAUCAGGAAGAAUAAUUCGGAUUAUGAUCCUGAAGGCGUCGAUAUCAAUGCUGCCCCGUCGAGUCGCGACCCGAUCUACCUUGGGAAGCUCCUCCGCCUGUUCGCCCAGCACGUUCCCUCCUUCAUGAACCUGAUCACGAACGCUCCGGCUCAGAACCAGCGCCUCGCAUCAACCUUUGGGGACAAGAUAGAGCCGCUGGGCUUCGACCGCUUCAAAACAUGCGAGCUCAUGGCCGAGCUUUUGCAUUGCAGCAAUAUGAUGUUACUCAACGAAGCCGGCGCUGAAGAGUUAAUCGCCGCCCGCGACGCGCAACGGCACCGGCUAAGAGCCGAAGGCAAGCUGCUGCCUGUUGGCGCCACUGAACCCUCGUCAAUCGCCGACCUCUCAAUGAGUGCUUCCCAAUUGUCAGGCGCAGUCGAAGGUCGGAAGCUGGAAGUCAUGAACCUCUCUGCCGAUGACGACGAGUUUGAGCAUUUGUCGCCCACGUCGUCCUUGAUCGACAAGGUCGAGGCUAGCAUACCGGUUGACGCUUCCCGCUUGUCUAGCCUGAGCCCGGAGGAGGAUGUCGACCAGACUCGGCAACAGCCCCCGUUUGAGGAUGUCGACCUGAUGGUCGCUCCACUUUCGCCCCCCAAAAAGGCCCCUCGGACGGCGGAAGGCGCCGAAACCAGACAGGAUGCAGUUGCUGGAGAGUCUUCUGAAGAGGCGGGGAGCCGAGGCGAGGGUGAAUCGGGUCAGACACCACCGGGGGCUAAGAGCGAACCAGCGGGGAACGCGGUCGGUUCGCCGGCUGCGCCAGUACUGGAAGACCAACAUACCGGCCGCGCUUCAAGCUCUGCUGAGGACAACUCGGCAUCCAGCGGAGAUAUGUCCGCUCCCCCAGUUGACCCUUCGGCGCAUUUGGUGCCGGCAGCGAACGCUGCGUCAACCCCCGAAGAACCGUCCGCGGAGUCGGCCGCAGCCGCCGCGCCAUCAACCCAAACGUCAGUGUCGGGCCCCAAUCCCGCGCAGUCCGAGCAGUCGCCUGUACAAAGUGCACCACAGAUGGGGGACACCUCUGUCGACGCGGGGGCCACGGCUGAGACACCAAGGCCGGUGGCUGACGUUCCGACCAGUUCCACCCCUGUUGUGGGUGACUAUCUCAAGAUGCAGUUUGUCGAACAUCGUGUUGUUCCCACGAUCCUCGGCUUUUUCUUCAAGUACCCGUGGAACAACUUCCUUCACAACGUCGUGUACGAUAUCGUCCAGCAGGUCUUCAAUGGACCCAUGGACAGGGGCUACAACCGCACGCUCGCCAUCAGUCUCUUCGACGCCGCCGACAUCACCAAUCAGAUCAUCAACGGCCAACGCGCGAGCGAGAAGUCCCAAGCUGAGAAUAAGACACGCAUGGGCUACAUGGGCCACCUGACUCUGAUCGCCGAGGAGGUGGUGAAAUUCACAGAGCGCCACCCGCCCGAACUCGUGAGCGAGCUCGUGCUCGAGAAGGUCAUGGCCCCGGACUGGGUCAAUUACGUUGAGGGCGCUCUUGCGGAGACGCGCGAGCGCGAUAACGCAAUCCUCGGCGGGGUGCGGCCGGAGGUCGCUAUGAGCAACCGCGCCAAUGCGCAGGGUCUCAUGGGCGCCGGGUUUUCCGGCCUGAGCUCGAUCGGCCUCGGAGGCGUCGGAUCCAGCGCUCUUGCGGACGCUGGGCUGAAUGGAGGCUCAGAUCCGACCGAGGGCUCUGCGGCUGGUGGUGGAGUUGGGCCCUUCGCUAUCAGCGCCGGGACGCUGAUGAGCGGAUUCGGCAGCUCGAGCGACGAGGACGAUGACGAGGAGCAGGAGACCGAGGAGGAUGUGCACAACGAGUUUCGAGCGUACACGGACGCCCUCAACUCCAACUCUAAUUCGAUGAGCCCGCCUUCGAUCCCCCCUCCGCCGCCUCCACCACCGCCGCUGAACAUCGCUCCGUCCCGGGCUCGCCUCCAGCUCGCCGCCCGGCUGGCCAUGAACAAGCGCAAUGCCGCAGCGGCCGCUGCCGCUGCUAACGGCGGCCAAGAAGGCAGCUCCCCUCCCACGGCGGACGACACGAGCGGCACCGGCAUGUUCGCCCUUCCCAGCUCAGCAGCCGGCGAGCGUCUGCGGAAUCCCUUCGCCGACUACGAGGACGAUGAUGAGGACCACUCUGGCAGUGGCAGCGGAAGCGACGAUGGCGAGAACGUCGAAGGCGACGAGCUAGGGAUGGACACGACCUCGACCGGCUGGAACCGCGGUUCGUGGUGGCGCGGGGUCGUCCGCAGCGCCAGGGGCGGGGCCAGGAGGCGCAGCGACACGGAGCAGGACGUCCAGGUCGAGCGGUUCGGCGACGGCCGCGACGAUGACAGCAGCGAUGAAGACGGCGCGCGGCGCGUUGGUGGCGACGACGAUGAUGAGAUCGAGGAUGAAGAGUUUGGCGACUUUGCCAUGCCCGAGGUCGAGGAUCGCGUCGGCGGUGGCAGUAGCGGCGGCGGCAGCGGCAGUGCGGGUGGUGCGGGCGGCGGCCGCCUGCUCUCGGGCAUCGACCCCGCCCGCGAAGCCAUCCUGGUCAAGCCCCUGCCGCUUCACCCCACUGCUGCCGGCGCGACGGCCGCACUCAAGAGCAGUGUCAGCCCGUUUAGCAGCCUGUGGCCGUUCUCAAGGGAUAAGAGGGAGGAUGAGGCCGCGUCUGCGGGCGCAGCCUCCGCCGCGGGCGCCGGCGGUGCUGGUGGUGCUGGCGGGUCUUCUUCGGCCUCUGCUCCUCCUGCUUCGGCCUCUACCCCUGGCUCGGGAAUCUCCGACGAGCCGGUGGAGGUGACGGCUGCCGGGGAGGAGGAGGAAGAGGAGGCGGAGGUAAUCGAUGAGGACGGGAAGAAGAUCGAUCGCGCGGUCGAGGCGACCAGCCGUACGAGCAUCGAGGAUCCAGAUGAGGAUGAUCUUGAUGUCGGCGUCGGUGUUGGUGUUGGCGCGCGCGGCGAGGAGAUCGUGGUGCAUCGCGCGGCGGGGGUCCGUUAGCGGCGGGCUGCUGCCGCUGCGUGGAGGAUGGACACGGUAUGGCCUGGCAUGGGAGGGGAUUAGGAUCGGUCGGGGAGGGUGGGUCUAACGAGGUAUAGCUGGGAGAUGGUGAUACUGUGAUGGGAUUUUUUUUUUUUUGACAUGAGGAGACGGGUAUGGAUGGAUGGGAUGGGGUGGGUGAAUGGGAAAGGACGGUGGGCUGUGUGUCUGUACUUGGAGUCUAUGUUAGCUGCUUCCUGACGCCUUGUUGU